GCGGCGGGGCCGCAGCGGGCGCGGCGGGGGAACGAGAUGAGCAGCGCCGGCGCCGCUGCAAGAUGCUGGAUGGACACGUCCUGCUGGGAUGGCUCUCCUCCUGCGCGCUCCUAGGGCUGCUCGCCUGCGCCCCGCGGCCCUCCGCCGCCUACUUCGGGCUGACGGGGAACGAACCCCUGACCAUCCUCCCUCUGACCUCAGAAAUGGAGGAAGCUGCCGUCAAAGCCCACUACAAAGUCUGUGACCGCCUGAAGCUGGAGAAGAAGCAGCGCAGGAUGUGCCGGCGGGACCCCGGUGUGGCUGAGACCCUGAUGGAGGCGAUCAGCAUGAGUGCGCUGGAGUGCCAGUACCAGUUUCGCUUUGAGCGUUGGAACUGCACCCUCGAGGGUCGCUACCGGGCCAGCUUGCUAAAGAGAGGUUUUAAAGAGACAGCCUUCUUGUACGCCAUCUCCUCCGCGGGGCUGACACACGCCAUGGCCAAGGCGUGCAGUGCAGGGCGGAUGGAGCGUUGCACCUGCGACGAGGCCCCUGACCUGGAGAACCGAGAGGCUUGGCAGUGGGGUGGCUGUGGCGACAACCUGAAAUACAGCAACAAGUUUGUCAAGGAGUUCCUGGGGAGGAAGCCCAACAAGGACCUGCGAGCCAGGGUGGACUUCCACAAUAACCUCGUGGGCAUGAAGGUCAUUAAAGCUGGAGUAGAGACAACCUGUAAAUGCCAUGGUGUAUCUGGAUCCUGUACUGUCCGAACGUGCUGGAGGCAGCUCUCUCCGUUCCAUGAAAUAGGGAAGCAGCUGAAGCAAAAGUAUGAGACAUCGCUCAAAGUGGGCAGCACUACCAACGAGGCCACUGGGGAAGGAGACAUCUCUCCACCCAAGAAGUCCAUCCCUGGUCACAGUGAUCAAAUCCCAAGGACUACGGAUCUUGUCUACAUUGACGAUUCCCCGAGCUUCUGUAUGAUGAGUAGAUACUCGCCUGGGACUUCGGGAAGGAAAUGUUACAAAGACAAGAACUGUGACAGCAUCUGCUGCGGGCGAGGGCACAAUACGCAGAGCCGGGUGGUCACCCGUCCGUGCCAGUGCCAGGUCCGUUGGUGCUGCUAUGUGGAAUGCAAGCAAUGCACCCAGAGAGAAGAGGUUUACACCUGCAAAGACUGAUGCGUCUUCUGCUCGAUGGCAACCCUUGGUGACGGGUGAUGGCGAUCUAUGAGAACUACAUAUGGAGACAAACAGGGUUUGAUUGACCUUCUGGGAUCUGAAAGCUAUGUUGAGACAUAAGCACUUUGUAGGGUACAGGUGACCCAGCUGUGUUGCUGUUUUGUUUUUGGUUUUGUUUUGUUUUGUUUUCCUGUAGACUGAAUUUUAAUGAGGUCCAACCAUGUGGAAAUAAGUGCCUGUCACACUGGGGUUAGACACCAGUUGACCUUCACCUUAGUCAUCCACGCAGUUUGACGGAUCAUUCAUCCUUGGAACAUCUUGAUUGUUUCACCAAUCCUCCAUGAACUCCUGGGCUAAUAUAUUCUCUUUGGCAUAAAUAACCUGUACUACUUUAUUCCUGAAGCUUACCCAACUGCUUAGAGAGCUAAGCAGAUACGAAAGAUCUUUCUGCUUUGAAAGUGAUGGUACGGGAAGCAGUCAUUCAUUUCCCCUUCUAAAACUGGAGAGAGGUGUGUAGGGUGAGCAGGAACAGCCCUGAUGUUUCCUCUAGUGGAGUUUCUGCACAUCGAGCAAACAAGGCUCUGACAGAGAGGCCCACAGGGAGGGUAAGCUUUUAAACGACUGCUCCAUAUCCACAUGCUUUGAUCACCAAAUACAGCUCAAAAAAUGUUAGGUCCACCAUGUUGCAGACAGAAAUAUAUCUGGGAAAGAGGUUGGGAAGACAGUAGAAAACCUGACGUGCCUGUCCCCUUCAGUCCAAUCACACGUUCUUUUUUUAAAACAAUUGCUUCAAGUGCAGUUUCUUUAGCACUAUUGCUGUCUUAAUUUUUUUUAAACAAACCACUAGAUACUUUUAUUUUCAAUUUGUGCAUGAUUUCUUUUUCUCUCCUCUUCCCACCUCUUGUUGAUUGAAUUUACCCUGUGGUAACUGCUUCAGAAAUCUGAACUGGAACUUCCUAACCUUAUGCCAGCUGAAUUUGGACAUGUGUUUGAGUAGGACAAGAGAAAUUCCAGUGCAUCUUGGAACGCAGUGUUGUCUUGCAUUGUAUAGCAGCCGUUUUGGACUGGAUCAGACCUCUGGAGGAGUUGACUUUUCUUUUACUAGGUCAUCAUUCCAUUUACUCUAAACCAUGGCAGUGGUACAUGACACAAGCUGUAUGUAAACCCUAUGACCUUAAGAUUUUUUUUAACCACUAGAUUGAGAACUGUAUUUUAAAAAUACAACUGCUAAAUGGUAACCAGCUAUUGGAUUCGGAACAAGCAAUCAAUGAAGAGACAAACUAUCAAGUGGCCAGAGAAGCCAGAAGUUGACUGCAGUGGUAGAUUGCUCUGAUGCUGUGAAGUAGAUGACAACCUUCAGCAUUUUGAUUUUUCUUUGAAGAGGAUACUUACAGUCCAGGUCUUGAUGUGGCAAUACCCUUCAGUCAUAUAAAAGUGGAUUGGAAGCAGCCAGUGAAUGCCUCAACGAAGCUUUCUAAAGAAACACUGGAAAGCGGAGGGCAUUUUAUUUUACUUUUGGUAGCAAUUUUUGAUUUGUCCAGUGGUAGCAAUUUUCACUAAUUUUAUAUACGAUCUAGCUCUCAAAAGAGGAAAGCUGGCUGGAGUUUUUCAAGCAGUAGUAGAUAUUAGCCAAGCAAAAAGAGAGCAUUUUUCCUAGAUGGACCAUUAUUUUCAAGGUGUUUUUUCUUAAUAUUUUUUCUUUAAGCUUUUUUAUUUUCUCCCCCCGAAAUAGCCACUAAUAUUUAAGCUCUUCAUGUGCAUCUACUGGGAGGAGAAAAGAUUUUUUCUUUUUUUUCUUGGUAAUAAAUACGUGCAGUCCAGCUUGGCUCAUUGGCAUUAAAUCUUGAGGUGAGGGUAUGGGGAGAGACAGGAUGUUACUCUUAACAGCGCUAUGGUCCUGCAACGUGAAGCAUGGUGUCUCUGUUUUUUGAUGUUUUAUUUGCUGUACGAUUCUGGAGGUUGGGGUAGUGCUGGAACAGGAGGGAUCCACACAUGGUGUUUGUCCCUUCCCCCACGGCAAACGCGCGGUGGUGCGUUCAACGCAGAGAGUUUGCAGGAAGGUCUUGUGGCUUCUGGGACGUGCACCGCUUUGAAAGUGACCCACGAGCAGUUUAUCUAAUGGUUUAAAAAAUAAACUGACUAGAAACCUAUUAUUCAGUGUGUGCAUGUGUGUGUAUAUAUAUACACGCAUGCUGACACAUAAAUAUAUAUAUAAAUAUUGAAUGAACAUUUAUUUAUUGUAAAGCCCUUCAGAAGGACCCUCUUAUGGUUUCAAUGUGGUAUUAUGUUAAAUUCUCUUUCUCCCUCUGUCUCUCUCACACGUUAUGUGCAAACUCACUGUUACAUUUUUGUGUGUGUGCUAGAAUAGCUCUUCCCCUCCAAAGUAAGGCUGGAUCCAAACCUGCUCAAAACAGGAGGAUUUUUGGUCUGAAUUACUAUUUCUGGUCCCAUUCUUUUUAAAAAAAAUAUUUGUUCUUAAAGAAUGGGCCACAAUUUAUGUGCAUUAUUAUUAUUAAUAUUAUUAUUGUUAUAUUUAAACCAUGGGCCUAAUUUUCCUUCUUUUCACUGGUGUCUCUGUCUCCGUUGACCUCGCUGGAGUAACUCCACAUUGCACUGGUGUGAGAGGAGAAUGAGUCCCUAGAUGCAGAAGAGAGGGCAGUGUUGGCAUCGAUACCAUUGCAGAGCAAACGCCUGGGUCGGAUGGGAUAGGGUAGCCUGGCGUGUUUGGUAGUGAGGGGGGAGAGAGAGAUGGGUGGGCAGUAAGGCAGACUGUCAAAGCUUGACUAGAAGAAAGAGGCAAAGAGUGAAUGAACUACUGAGUGAAAGAGCUCUUCUGUGUAUUAUAACUCACGCACUGAAGCCUGGAUGCUUUCUGUAAGUAUUUAAAAAAAGAAAAAAAAACACAAAAAACAAAUUGUAUUUAUGUUAAUGUGGAUAUAUUACUUGCCUGUUAUAUAUUGUAAAUAGCAAGGUUUAUUCUCCUGUGGUUAAAAAAAAUUAUAAAUAACUAAAUAGUAGCGAGGCACAUGUGUUAAAUGUAUAGGCAGUGUAUAAAAUAUACUAACACUCUGAAAUCAGGAGAACUUGUCUUCUUGGCCUUUUGACCUAGGGUGGUAAAACAUAUGUGGGUUAUUUUUCUUCUUCCCCCACCACAUUGUGUGUGUUUUGGGUGGGGUGUUGUUUAGUUCCAGCGUUUUCCAAUGUUUGCCUUAUCUUUGAAGAAAGAAUGGGGGGAAAAGCCUCGUUUUGGAAAAAUCCAGUGGAGAUUGAGUAGGAUGAAACAAGAGAAGAUGUCAGACCCUCUCAAACCCCUCUCAAGUGCUUGACCUGGGUUUUCAGCUGGGGAUAGAUGUGUGCUGGAAUCGAAUUAACCCAUGGAACAGCACCUUCUGCUUGUGCUACUCCAUAUAUGACUUCAGAAAACCCUGGAGAAGAGACCCUGAAGUCCUCUAUAAAACAUUUGGUAAUGUCCUGCAAAACCCUUUUCGUUCCAGCUGUAUGAAACUGGAUAUUUCCAGGGAGGCUAAUUCUACCACCACACCAUGGGAUCUCCAGUGCAAUUCAAUGAAAUUGCUCAUUUUUGUAAAACUACUAUAAGUGGAUUUGGGUCCCUGAAUCUUUCAUGGUGUCAUUUCAUAUUAAAAAAAAAAAAAGUGCAAAGCAACUUUCCCCCUUUUACUUACCCCCAGAGAAACAGGUUUUUGCAGCAGAUGUAACUGGAGAAGGAUGGAUGGGUGUAGGGGAGGUCUCUGCUUUCUGAUCCCCUUUCACCCCCUGUCCCCCCCAAAAGUGUCAAAGUGUUGGUUCUCCUAAGCUGAUCCAGCAAGACUUGCGAGAUCAGUUUUGGGGUGGGGGGGUGCAACCAUUAUUUAUAUAACUUUUUUAUUAAUUUUUUUAAAAGAGAAGUUAGCUGAUGGAAGAAUAUUUUUAUUGAAUAGUGCAUUUAGUUAUGUCAGAAAUAUAAAAAAUAUAUAUAAUAUUUUUGUAAACAAGGCAAACUGAAAAUGUUUGCUGUUUUAUAUUAGAAUUUUCUAUUAAAAGAAAUAAAAACCCACACAAAUAAUUGUUGCACCCGUCAUCUGUUUUUUAACAAGCUUCUAUUCUGUGUGACUGACUCAUAUAUGCCGGAUGUGGAGACAUGCAAAACAAGUCCUAAACAUUACAUUCUCAUUGUCUUCCAGCUCUCAAAAGACUCCAGUUGGUGAAACAAGCAGUGUUUAAUCCAAGGGGCUUUUUCUUUUUCAUUUGUUUGAUUCCUGACACUAAAAAUGACGUAUGAAGAAUCAGUAGCUUGUACUUAAAAUACAAAAACUUACCCCAAAACCUCAGGCUUACCCUUUAUAUUUGUGCAUCCUGGUCUUGAGAUGGCUCUGGAUGGAGAAAAUCUGAAACCUAUUUCUAAUAACUAGAUAUUUGCCAUUGAUAUCAGUUGACCUGGGAAGGACGACUCUUAAAAAGCUUGUUGGGGAAAAAGAAAGUAAUCCAAGUACAUGGGAAGGUUAAAUGAAGAGGACCAAAUUCCAAGCUUGAUCCUAACACAGGCAAUUUUUAUUUAUUUGAAUGGGGCAAUGUAAAACCGGGGAGCUGGGAACUUGGUCUACUGUGGUUCAGGAAGCCCAUCGUUCACCUUUGGAAGCAGGGGAUGAGUUAUGGACCAUCUGUUUUCAAAAGAGCUUUUGGGAUUGCUGGUUUGGAGACUUGAUCAGGGGCGAAAUAAUUUCUGAGGGUUUUUUGUUGUCGGCCAGCUCGUACACAUCUGCCUUCUUUCAGCCCAGGUCUUAAAUUUCUUUGUUAAUUGUUUUUCAGCUGCCCUAUUUUAGCCAACACAUGAGGAGAAGUUAGGUUGGUUUGGCUGUAGUAGGGUUGGAUGAGAACCCAGAUGAAGGGACAGAUUUCUCAAGGGUACUUUCAUGGAGUAGAUGCUGCUUAAAGUAAUUUUCUGGUGGAUUAUAGUGCCUGUGAAAAAUUCCUCAGUUGAUGUUGCAGUAAAAUUAGGUCUGUUCUAUACUCAAUAAAACAGGUGCAGCAAAGCUCUUCAUUCCUGGUUUAUUCAGCUCUGUGCACAUCUGUUGGGUUGAGUCUGGCUUCCGUGGUCAGCUCGUCCUGGCUGUCGGCUUUCAGGGCGCUAACUAGGUGAUGACUUCUGGAAAGCAACAUUUUCCCGCAAGAGAAAUAGUGCCUUUUAUGAUCAUUACUGCCUGUGUAACUUGAAGGAGGCUCAGUAUGGGACAGGAUCAGGCCUGUCGAAAUCUGGUCAUGGCUAGAGCAGUUAAGCUUGGGGCCAUGGAUGUUACCAUAGAAUAGCUUUUAGAUCUAUUUUUCACUGAUGAGCAUUGGAUCUGACCAAGCUAUCUACACGUUCCAGGAAACACAAUAGUUCUGAAUCAUAACAAAAAAGGGGAUCUCUAUUAUUUGUGAGUGGGGAGGAAAAGCAAAUGGAUAUUGCAAGCACAGCUUAAUUCUGGCAUCACGGUAGGCUUCCUGUAACUACAUUUCUUCAGGGGCAGGGAGUGAGCAGGGUGUAAAUUAAGACCUUAAAAUAUUCAGACACAUGAAAUUCAGCAGGCUAUCAGGGGACGUGUCUGAAUAACACAUUUUUCUCAGUAGUUGCUGAAAGUUUUCAGAAAUGGGCAAAACCCUUACCAGCAGCAUUGGGCCAGGUGACCCAAAGGGAUGGGAGGUUCCUCCCUCACCCGCUCCUCUUUCACCACAGGGUUCCUCAGGAAAGUUGGGAGAGAUGCUGACACGCUUGGUGUAGUGGGGCUUUUGCAAUGGGCCUGGAGUCAUCCCCCCUUAGAUAAGGAGCCUGCAAUCAGUGUAGGCACCUCUAGAAGCUGUUUUGGCCCAUGUGAAGGUGCCAGUUUCUCCCUGAUGACAAUAGAAGGGGAUAAAGUUAUGGACACCCAGGUUAAUAGAUGUGGGGAUGAAUUCAGGACUAAUCAAAGUAUGGGCAGAUAACCCUGCCAGCUCCCCUUGGGCAUGGACCCAUCUGAAACAGUGAUCAUCAAACUAGCACAGGAAUUUUCCCUUGUUCCAACCCACCCCAGUCUCUAACAACGCCCUUUGAGGCCUGAAUGUAAAGUCUAGGAUUUGUUUUGCACCCUUGGGAUGGCAUUUCCUCUUAAAGGGAGGUGGGAAUACUAACAUGAAGGAUUAAUAUUUUUCUUUUGUUUUCGUUUUUUUGUUUUCCAAUGUCUUAUGGGAGCCUAAGUUAUUUUUCUCUACCUCAUAUGUACAGCUUGUAGGUAUAAAUCUGAUUCUGAGUGACUGUUGAGAAUGUAUUUAAGUUAUUUAACAUCUUUGUAUAACAAAAAAAAGCCAGAACAAAUGAAACAAUAAAUGUAUUUUAAAUUAUA